AUGGCUGGCGGCCUCGUCAAGUACCGGCACCUGAGCCGCAACUCGUCGGCGCGCAAGGCCCUGCUGCGCGGCCUCGUCACGCAGCUCGUGCAGCACGAGCACAUCCAGACGACAUACGCAAAGGCAAAGGAGGCGCAGCGGCUUGCCGAGAAGCUGAUAACGCUGGCCAAGAGGAACAAUGAGCCCUGCCGGAGAUCGGCCCAGGGCAUUCUCUACACACCACAUGUCCUCCUCCCCAAGCUUUUUGGCGAGCUGCGGAGCCGAUACCUGCCCCGCGAGGGAGGAUACACGCGCGUGACGCGCACGGAGCCCAAGAACACGUACGACCAGGGCGAGAGCGCCAUCCUAGAGCUCGUCGACGGGCCCAAGGACUCGCGCUUCAUGAUGACGGCCAAGACGGUGGCCAGAGACCGCAUGCUCGGCCGGCAGGCGACCCCGCUGACGAGGCAAAACAUCAAGAAGGUGACGCAGUUCCGGGGAGAGGAGGACCUGGAGACCAUGGUGCAGCGCUUCAUGGCGCUGGAGACGGGCGAGAGCGCACCCGUGGCGCAGGAGAAGAUUGGCACUGCCAAGGAGGGCACAACGCGCGUGGCUGCCGAUGCCGCGACAGAAACGGCAAAGACGCCUGAAGCCCCGCAACCGACGAGGUAA